AUGUGUCGUUGGUUUACAAAGAAGAAGGAGAAGAAUAAGCAUGUUAAAUCAUCAGCAUCACGUUUAAUUUAUCCAAGUACAUUAAUUGAAUCAGAAAAUUUAAAUUUUCACCUAAAUUUAAAUUAUGAUAAUAGUAAUAUUAAUCCAAAUUGUAUAUAUGCAUCGAAUUAUAUUAAAACAACAAAAUAUACAUUAUGGACAUUUUUACCAUUAAAUCUAUGGGAACAAUUUCAUCGUUUUGCUAAUGUUUAUUUUGUUUUUAUAUUAAUAUUAAAUUUUAUACCAGAAGUUGGUGCUUUCGCGAAAGAAAUUGCACCAAUCCCUGUCAUUAUUACACUAUCUGUUGUUGCUAUCAAAGAUGCAUAUGAAGAUUUUAGAAGAUUUUUAUCUGAUGGUAAAGUGAAUAGAAAACCGUGUGAAGUAUAUUCUGUACAAGAAAAGGAAUAUGUAGUUAGCGAAUGGCAAUAUCUACGUCCUGGGGAUUUUAUUCGUUUACAUACAAACGACAUCAUUCCAGCUGACAUUUUACUAUUAAGUACAUCGAAUACAACUGGAAUUUGUCAUAUUGAAACAUCAAAUUUAGAUGGAGAAUCUAGUUUAAAACAACGAGAAAUUAUUCCGAGUUUAUCUGCUAAUGGGUUUUUCUCACCUUUAACAUUCUUAUAUCCUAUUGAAGUAGAAGCUCCAAAUGCUGAAUUGUAUAAAUUUCACGGGAAAAUUAUACUUCCCGAGGUUCAAAUUUCAAUACACAAGAAAAAUAUGCUACUCAGAGGAUGUGUAUUACGUAAUACCGAUUGUGUGGAAGGCAUAGUUAUUUACGCUGGACGAGAGACAAAAGCUGCUUUAAACAAUUCUGGUGUUCGUUUCAAGCGAAGUAAACUGGAGAAAAGAAUUAAUAUGGAUGUGGUAUGGUGUGUAAUCAUCUUGAUUGUCGUUUGUGUCACUGGAGCUAUCGGCAGUGCUGUUUGGCAUCAAAAUUUACCUGGUGAUGAUGUACUAUUUGAUGCACUCGAUAGAAAUUCUUCAACUUCAACACCUGGAUUUCAAGGAUUUAUAAAUUUUUGGAGAUUUAUUAUUAUCUUUCAAACUAUUAUACCAUUACCGUUAUAUGUAACAAUAGAAUUUGUUAAAAUGCAUCAAGUUUGGCAUAUGAAUAAUGAUUUAGAAUUAUAUGAUGCUAAAUUAGACAGACGAAUUGAAAUACGCGCAUUCAAUAUACCUGAAGAUUUAGGUCAAAUUGAAUAUGUCUUCUCAGAUAAAACUGGUACACUGACUGAAAAUAAAAUGGAAUUUAAACGGGCCAGUAUUAAUGGGAAAGAUUUUGAUGCAAAUGAAGAUGACACUCAUGAAAAUACAGAUCAAUUAAGCAAUCAUUCCUCUUCUUCAUCAUCAUCAAUUCCUAUAACAACAAAGUUGAGCACACUUAAAUCAUUAUUAGAAAAUGAAACAAUAUUUUCAAUGCAUCAGAAAAUGAUUCAUAAUACUAAUACGCUCCCUACUACGGCCGCUGGUAAUAAUAAUGCUAUUAUCGAUUCAUAUAACAGUAUACUGUCUGACAAUAUGUUACAUAACCAUGACAAUACAUCCAUGAUGAUACAAUCAAACUCUGGCAUACCUUUUGUCACUUGUAUGCAUAACGAUGGCAAUGAUGCAGACGCUUGUUUAUUUAUGAAAAAUCAUUUAUUAUCACCAAAAAAAGCAUAUCAACGAGUUGAACAACAUCAAACUGGUGGAUCAAGUCACCGAAAUGUUCAUGGUCAACGAAAAAAUCCUUCAAAAUCACAACAUCAUGAUAAUAAUAAGCCGGCUCAUUCAUCUUAUCAUCCAGUGUUGACGGAUCAAACACGUAUUCAAGACUUUUUUCUUGCCUUAGCUAUCUGUAAUACUGCUGUUGUCUCAGUGACAAAGAAUACACCGACACUGUUUCAAGUUCCACCACGUCAUAAAGGAUUUCGUGAUUUCUUUCGAUCUGGUAAAGUUAAUACUGUUACACAUAUGCAACAAAGGUUACGUAACAAUAUUAGACAACGUAGUAAUGUAACACAGACAAAUUUGUCCACAAAACGAUCAGAUACUAUUGGUAAUAAUAAUAAUGAUGAUGAUAAUAAUAAUCAUAUUUCAGAAGAUAAUCACAGUAAUCUGAUGAGUGUUAAACACGCUGCCAGUUUGUCUAGUAUACUUUCACGAAAAUUUCGUUUAACAAAACUUGACAGACCUGAGAGUAAGAGAGGAGGCGAAAACCACAACCAUCAUGAAUCAACUGAAAUGUCUAGUAAUAAUAAUAAUAAUAAUAAUGAUCGAGUCGAUCAUGUCACUGCAAUCAAUAAUGCUACUUGUGGUAAUCUUGAUAAUGAUGCAUCAAAUGUGAAUAUCAGUCAAGAGACGAUAAUUAUUGAUGAUACUGUCUCAAAGUUGGAUUCUGUUGACGAUGUUGGAACUGGUAAUAAUAACAACAAUACUAAGAAUAGUGAAUUUCCGAAGAAUUUCUCUACCUCGAAUGCUAAUGUUAAUAAUGAAAGGCCAAUGAAGCACAAUCUAACGACCACUGGUAGCCAAUCUGAAAGAACAUUCAAUGAAGAAAUGAAGAAUAAUCGUCAGCAUGAUAAUAAUAAUAAUAAUAAUGACCCGAUGUUAUUUUUAUCAAGUCGUUGUCUACCUCCUGUUAUUGAAGCUUUAGAUCUCGAUUUCUCUUUGCAAGCUUCACAGCAUAUUUUAAGUGAUUCACGUUGGAUAGAUGAUGACAGUGGACAACAACAACAACAACGUAGUGCGUCUGCAGAAAAAUUGGAUACACGACAACAAGAUUCAUCACAGUAUAUGCAUCAAUCGGAUUUCGAAUCCUUGGGAUCUAUUGAAUAUGGUUUAGAUUGGAGUAGAGAUUUGACUACAGAUCAGUUUCUUAAUGACAACACUUUUAUUUCUCAUAGUGACCUGAGAUUGAAUCUUGAAAAAGAUAAAGGUAUUGAAAGUGAGAGAAAGCCAAUCGAAGAUGCUGGAGAUGUGAACACAGCGAGAACAUUGACCGUAGUUAUACACGAUGGUAGUUCAUUUCAAUUGCCUGUUGAACCGUAUAUUAGUGCACAGACACCGUCAGAAUUGAAAAAAUGUCCCUUAUCUGACAGUACUUUGUUUAAUUCAUAUGAAUCAGAAAGUCCAGAUGAAUUAUGUUUAGUGAAAGAAGCCUGUAAAUGGGGUUACAAAUUAUUACAACGUGGUGUGGAUUUUACACUCUUAUGGUUACCAAAAGAUGGACUCGUCUGUAUUCAUGUUCUGCGUAUUCUACCGUUUGAUUCACAACGUAAACGAAUGUCUAUUCUAUUUCGUCAUCCAUACACUAAAGAAGCAAUAUUAUUUACAAAAGGUGCAGAUUCUUCGAUUAUGAAUCGUUUGAAUACAACUGAGUUAAAUUCACGUGAAGUUAUUACUGCUACAAAAGAACAUAUUGAACAGUAUUCACGUGUGGGUUUACGAACUUUAGUUAUAGCCGAAAGACUACUAUCCGAGGAAGAACUUAAUCAAUGGCUUAAAGAAGUAUAUGAAAUUGAAACUGGUAGUGAGGAUCCAACAGAAGCUAUGCAAAUUCUGAUGGAUAAGUUAGAGAGUAAUUUCAUUCUCUUAGGCGCAACCGGUAUUGAAGAUCGUUUACAAGAUGGUGUACCGGAAACUAUUGGAGCAUUACGUGAAGCUGGUAUGCAUGUUUGGGUGUUGACAGGUGAUAAACAAGAGACCGCUGUUAAUAUUGCUCGUUCAGCUAACCUAAUUACAUCACAGCAUAAAAUAAUGUACAUAAAUGCACAUUCAGAGGCGCGUAUAGAAUAUCUGUUAAACUCAUAUUUAUAUGGCGUAUUGAGUGGUCAAUUUCAUGAUGCCUUAGACGAAUUUGAUGAUAUGCUUGAAAAGGUGACCAAUCCACGUUAUUCUGAAAUUCAACGAUACUGUCAAAGACACUGUAGACAUGAUCAAAAAGUAAAAAAACUUUCAAAGAAAUUUCGUUCAACUUCACAUUCACCACAUCGUGGUCGAACACGUCAUCGUGUACGUUAUACCAGUACACCGAAACCGUCUUCAUUACCUCGAAAUAUAACUUAUUUUCAUGAGAAUGACUAUUAUAACAAGAAGAAACCUUUACUAAAGGAUAAAAUAUGCUUUAAUUUAUCAAAAUUAAUUGAAUAUUAUCGUUUGUUUAAACGUAGAUAUCUACGGCAUACGAGAAGGCAAAGAAGAAGAAGAAGACAAUCUAGUCAGAGAAGGUAUACGCGGGCAAAUAGUACUAUCGGGUAUAAAAUACAAUUUGCCUUGGUAAUUGAUGGAGAAAGUUUAAAUUAUGUCUUGAAUGAUGAGAAGAAUCGAUCACGUUUUAUCAAGUUAACUGAAAUGUGUACAAAUGUUAUAUGUUGUAGAACAACACCCGGGCAAAAAGCUGCUGUUGUCUCAUUAGUUAAAGAUGAAUUAAAUGUACAAACGCUAGCGAUUGGUGAUGGAGCGAAUGAUGUCAAUAUGAUACGUGUUGCUAAUGUUGGCAUUGGUAUUAGCGGUGGUGAAGAAGGCAUGCAAGCUGUUAUGGCUUCUGAUUUUGCUAUUAGUCGAUUUGCCUAUCUAAAACGUUUAUUACUAGUACAUGGGCAUUGUUGUUAUGAUAAACUGGCGAAUGCAUCAUUAUACCUGUUUUAUAAAGAUGCUAUCUAUAUAUUCGUUCUAUUUUGGUUUCAAAUGUUCAAUGGAUUUUCGGGUAGCAAUGCAAUUGAUCAAUUGUCACAAAUACUAUUCAGUGUUACAAUGACUGGUUUACCACCAUUUAUCAUGGGUAUAUGGGAUAAUCCAUUGGAUGCUGAGACACUUUUAGCCAAUCCAAUCCUGUAUAGAUCUGGUAUACAAGGAACAGCUUAUCGGCCAUGGUUAUUUUGGUUGAAUAUCUUUGAUGCAUUAUGGCAAAGUUUAAUCAUAUUCUUUUUAUCCUACUUCGCUUAUUCGGAUAACAUUAUCGGUUUAUGGGAAUUUGGAUUGUUUCAAACUAAUGCAAUGACAUUGUGUACACUGAUACAUUCCUUAUUGGUUACUAGAACAUGGGUUGUAUUCCAUGCAAUCAGUGUUCUAGGUAGUUAUAUACUAGCCUAUUUAAUAUUUACAAUGAUUUAUCAUGCAGUAGCUGUUACUGCUAUCCCACCGGAAUGUCCUUAUCAGAUUAUUUUCCAGUCAAUGAGUAAUAUAAACUUUUGGUUACUAACUCUAGUCACUAUAAUCUUAGCCUUAUUACCAAGAAUGUUAAUUAUCACUGUGAAAAAUACAUUUCAUCCAAAUAUGGAUACGAUUGCUAAUCUUCUUGCAAAACGUUUUGGUCGUGGUAAACACCUACCCUUAGAAUCCUAUCUACUACGUGUCCCAUAUUCAUUUAUGAUGAGAAAUCGUUUCUCUGUUAUGCCAAUAAUGAGUCGUAUGGCAUCGUGUACAUCUGAAGUGAAUAUGAAUCGAUCUAUGAAUGAAUCCUAUGUGCGUGGCACUAAUAAUAAUAGUAGUAUUUGUCGAGUUCGUGGUAUUAGUGAUAGUCCAAUGGGGCAUAGAUCAACACUGAGUCGUGUAUCAUUACAUUCGAAUCAAAGUACAGAUUUUAUUACUACAACUGAAACACCACUGCAUAUAAUUUCACACUUUGUUCGAAUUUUAAGUUUAAGUAGUCAGAUAGUUAGAGGUGUACCACCGAAUACUGCUGCUGCUGCAGCGGCAGCGGCGGCGGCAACGGCUGCUUCCACUAAUACUGCUACAAAUCCUAAUAAUAUGUAUAUUGAAGAGACUGCGUGCAGUUCAAAUACUGGAAUCGGCAAUUUACAACCGUGUGAUAAUAAUAACAAUGAAAUUCAUAAUCACAAUAUAAAUAACACACCUCGGACUAUUGGGGAUCAGAGAAAUGCUGAUCGUUGUAAUUACAAUCAAAAUCAAAGACGUUACAAUCGAAAUUAUCAAACAUGCAGUGGAAAUUUAUUCUUCAAUCGAAGAUUAUUAGUACGACCUGGAAGUGCUGUGAAUUUUGAUGACGAUGAUGAUGAUUGCUCGGAUGGAGAUUUUGGUAUGACAAGAACACCUGCACUUUGGCCAGCAAUAGAUCCAAAUAAUCGAAUAAUUGCUGGUAGUAUUCAGAGUUCAGUUAAUAACAGACUUUCAGCCCUCGGUUAUCCCAAUCGAUCAUUACAUCGUAAUCAACGUCAACAGUAUUCUACCUAUCCUUCAGUUAGAUCAUCUACACAUCGACCAGCAUUACCAUUAUUUCAAGAUGGUAAUUGCCUGUUCAAUACAACAACAACACCCAGUGAAUAUCCACCACCUUAUCAGUCCAACGAGAAUAUAUCGGCUGAUAAACACUGA